CUUUAAUUCAGACCACCAAGUUUAUUCUAAACGUUAAUGCAUUUUAAGUGUUUGAUAAAAUGAUAACAAAAUGGAUAAUACUGAUUUUCGCCACUUCGAUUAUUAGUCGCUGUACUACAUAUCCUUUUGGCUAUGAAAGUGAUUGCGAUGAAAUCGAUAAUUGUAUAGGAUACAGUGACCGAUGUUCAGAUACCGAAUGUGAUUCUGAUAAUUGUCAUAGUGACUCAUGCUGUUCUUCUUGUGAAAAUACAUGUUGUUCACGCUGUGAGAAAUCUCGUGCAUGUACAUGCAAUACGAAUUGUCGCAGACGGACUUGUCAUAAUAGAAAUUGUUGUCCUCCCAGACCCAUACCGCCCACACCUUCACCGCCCACAGCUUCACCGUGUCGGUUUGUAUCCACACCCGAACCAUCACCGGAUAAUAAGGACUACAGGCAAAAUUCUAGUGUAGUGAUUGAAAAUACUAUUACUUCUGAAAAUCAUAUCAACAUACCUAUUAAUAUAACGCUUAAUAACGAAAAUAAUAUUGUUAUAACAAGCAGAGAUGAAAGAACGGACGUAAUUAAAAACGGAUCAGAUCGUUGUCCGAACUGUAUACCUCCCAUUAAAAUUCCUAUACCAUACUAUGUUACUAUACCAGAAAGGCGUCCAGUACAUCAUGGAUGUUGUCAAGUCGUGCAACCUUGUACUCCUUACUCUUACAGUGGGUGUCGUAUGACAUCCCACCAAUGCUCCUCGUCAUGUUUGGACAGCUACAUGUACAACCCGAUUAAUGUUUGUGAGGGCGGUUGUUAUAGAAACCAGAUUAGCAUGGGCCAUCAGUGCAGUUCUGGUGGAUGUUAUCAGGACACUAUCGAUUGCUCGAGGUGCGAUGAACAUUUUUAUCAAUCUUACGAAAAUUUCAUGAUGUGCUCAGGAUGUUUCAGACCUUCCCAGUGGGGAUCAUAUUAAAUACAUUACAGGACGAUACAAUAGAUAUACUUUUUGUGAUUAUAAUGGUAACCAUAUUAUAUUAAUAUAGUAUUCUUCUAAUA